AUGAAGGAUGAACUGAUGUUUUCUACUGAGCUGUUGACCACUACUAAAGCUGUAGAUGUGAUGGAAGCAGUAUCAGACUUUUUUAAGAAACACGGACAUUCUUGGCAAAAACUUAUUGGUGUAUGCACAGAUGGUGCUCCUUCAAUGCUGGGUUCUCGUUCAGGCUUUGUGCAGUUGGUCAAAGAGAAGAAUGCUGAUGUGGUUGGGAUUCAUUGUUUUAUUCACCGCCAAGCCUUGGCAGCAAAAACUCUUCCUAACGAACUCAAUGCUGUUUUAAAGCUUUGUAUUAAAGUAGUCAACUACGUUAAGAACAGUGCAUUAAAUACUCGACUGUUUAAAAUUCUGUGUGAAGAUUUAGGAAGUGAUCACAAAACGCUGCUAUUUCAUACAGAAGUACGAUGGCUAUCAAAAGGCAAUAUGUUGGGAAGACUAUUUGAACUCCGUGAUGAAGUGAUAACGUUUUUGGCACAGCAGAAACAAAACGAGCUUAGUGCAGAGUUCAAAAAACCCUGGAACCAAGUGAUUUUGGCCUAUUUAUCAGACUUUUUUGACACGUUAAAUAACCUAAACUUGAGACUGCAAGGUGCAGACUCAAAUAUAGUAACACAUCGGGAUGCCAUCAAGAUGUACGUUGAGAAACUACAACUUUGGAUCAAUGAACCCCAGCAACUAUUCAAGUUUCAGCAAAGUAGUGUCAGUCUCAGAAGAAGUAUGUUUUGA